ACUGGUGUUAUUACGGUAUAUUUGACAAUCAGGGCCAAGGGGGAGAGGCAUUUCGAAUUGAGUUAGAGGCGAAAAAAUCUAGAGUUUGUCAGUUUUCCCUCCUUCCUUGUACAUACAAGAAAACCUCUGUAGCCUAGUCGUUAGAUCGUUGGACUAGUAACCGAAAGGUUGCUGGAUCGAAUCCUCCGAGCUGACAAGGUGACCUUAGUGUACCAUUAUGUGGCUCUGGGCACUGCUUCCGAUCUUCUUGGCGGUGUUUGGCACUGUGGGCAUAUGGGUGGUGUUUGGUAUCGCUGUAUCGAAUGAGACUGUUAACAUCACAGGUAGAUUCCCUUACAUCAGUGAGUGUGGCACCUAUAAUCCACAGAGCUGCAUCUUUGCUCAGAUCUGCAACGUCUGUGCUGUCUUGGCCCUGUGGGUUGUGGUGAUCCGGUUUCAGCAGGUCAGGGACUAUGGUCAGAACAGCAAGGUGAACAUCGCCAGUAUCGUACUGGGCUUCAUCUCCUGUGUGGGCAUCUCCCUCAUCGGAAACUUCCAGCAAUCUGUAGUGAUGGGGAUCCACUUGUUGGGAGCGUUUUUGGCGUUCUUCGUGGGCCUGGCCUACUUCUGGCUGCAGGUGUGGCUCUGCUACAAAGCCCAUCCCUUGAAAGACCGUCACUGGGUUGGACCUCUUCGAGCUACAUUCUGUAGCAUCUGCACCGUCCUGGUCAUCACCAUGGCUAUACUUCAUAAUACCGGCUACAAAUCUGGAGCGGCCAUUUGUGAGUGGGCCUUGGUCAUGUCCUUCUUUGUCCUUUUUGGCCUCUUUGGGUCCGAGUUCCGUCACAUCGACUUCCACCAGCUCACCGUGCAGAAACAACGUCUGAAGACUCAGAGCACCAACGGAGUGGUCAGAAUGAAUGAUAUUUCAUAGUACAGCCGAUGAGGCAGGUAGCCUAGUGGUUAGAGUGUUGGGCUAAUAAACGAAAGGUUUCAAAAUUGAAUCCCCGAGCUGACAAGGUAAAAACAAUCUGUCGUUCUGCCCCUGAACAACCCACUGUUCCUAGGCCGUCAUUGAAAAUAAGAAUUUGUUCUUAACUGACUUGCCUAUGAAGGUUAAAAAAUAAAUAAAAAUGAGACCGUGACCAUGCAUUGAUACACUGUUCAUAGCUUAACAUCUAAAGACACACACACACACACACAGGGUUAUUUUGACCCAGCUAGUUGGGUUGCGUGAAUAACCCAACUGACUGUUAAAUAAACUACCAAUGGUUAAAUUAACCCAUGGUUGGGUAUUCCAAACAAACAACAAGUUGGGUUGUUUGGAAUACCCAAACAUGGGUUAAUUUAACCAUUCAUAGUUUUUUAACCGUCAGUAUGGUUGACCCAGCAGCUGGGUCUUUUUUUAAUGUAACCCAGGUUAUUUUCAUGAGGCGUGGCUAUUAGGGCCGUGGCUUUCAGAUAAUGAUUUUUGUAUCCCAAAUCUAAUUGUCUUGUACUGUUUUUCAGUCAAGCAGAUCUAAGAUUUUCUCCCUUUUGGCUUUAUUUUUGUACCAACAGAAAUGAUUUAAAUGAGCACAUCAAGACAUGAACACUGUAAACAUAUCUACACUAUUUAUGUAGAAGAAGAUGUGAUACAGGAAUGGAUACUUUUUCAAGUCAUGAGGGUUUACACAAGUGUCUGAUGAGGGUUUACGUAACUGUAAGUGUUUUUAAUUUAUUCUGCUGAUGUUAAACAAAAUGUAACUUUAAACAUACUGUACAGAGAAUAUCGAGCCUUCCACCAGUGUCUGUCACGUCAAAAAAAUAAAACAUGACAUUUGUUUUCUCAGUGCAAACACAUUUAAAACAUUUUAAAACAGCAGUUAUAUCAGAUGUAUUUUUUACAAACAUUUAAACAAUCAAUGUGCAGUGCAAAGGUCCAUAUUGUUGAUAUAUAGUACCAAAUCUGUUUUCAGUGCUAUUGUUAGUGUUUCUGAAUAAAUACGCACAUUAGCAUUAUGUGUCCAAGCCUUUAGGACAAGCAGCCUUGGGUGUGGGUUACCAAAAAACAUAAAGAAUACCGUUGGGAAACUUACCACUUCCUGAUUUACUCUAGGCGAGGGCUGUUUGCAGGGGGUGGCUGUGAUCAGCUGUGCUGCCCUUCAUUUUCUUCAGAACUACCCAUUAAAAACGUUGCAGAUAGACGUGGCAUGACACCCAAUUCUAUGUGACAUAAGUAUAGCUGUUCUACAUAACCAAUUUCUAUCUGAACGUUUUUUUAACAUUGCACCCUCCUGAACACAGCCAGUCCUCCGCCGUUGCAGCCGCACAGACUGAUUGACUGCCUGCCAAGGAGAACACUGCCGUUUUUGUCAGUCCAUUUAGCCAGGCUAUCGAGCUGAAGGUGAAGACUGACUGAUUCACGCUGCAUUAGAAAGACAGCAUGCUACAUGGUGUCUCAAGUCAACCCUGAGCAUUACUGCAGAAAAUACAGGUCAAGAUUUGCUUGGGAGUAAGUAGUCUGCAGCAUCUAUUCACCUAGAGCCUACAUCUUUUUUUCUGUUGAAAGGGGAGAAUUUGUCUUCAAUGUUUUGACUGCUGCAGUGGUGGAUGUUAUGUUUCGUUCCUCUGUUGUCACAUAGUAUUGCUUUCACUGUUACAGGAAUCUGAGUGUGAGGGUGAUGCAGAGGAGCUGUACUGCACUUAAUCAAUUCUACCACAUGGUGGCACCACCAAGCCUAUACUCACUUCAACAUCCAACAUUAACCUUUGUUUUGUUUGACUAUUCCACUCCGUUGCCAGGUUACAGGUGCCUCUGACAGUUUCCUGUCUAAGGCUCUGAGGCAGGUGUCUGACAUGCCCGAUUGUAAAACGGUUUGUUUGUCCCGUCAAUACACCUCAAAGAUCAUUGCAGACAUCUGUGUUUCAUUUUUCUGGGAUAGUCACCAUUUGAAGUGGCCUGGGGUGAUGUACGUAAACAAAAAUCUGGGCGCUGCUUCCAAUCUGUUUUGCACUGUGGGAAUAUGGGUGGUGUUUGGUAUCGCUGUAUCAAAUGAGACUGUUAAUAUCACAGCGAGAUUCCCCUACAUCAGUGAAUGUGGCACCUAUGAUCCACAGAGCUGUAUAUUUUCCCAGGUCUGCAACAUCUGUUCGGUCUUGAGUAAGUGAAUUUAUUCAGCACUUACAUGUUGCUUCAUAUCACUUUAUUAUUCAUUCUUGUCUUUCGUAUGUAAUUUCAACCUUCUCCUCCCUUCUAUCAUCCCUCCUCUACACCUCUCUACCUCUACCUCUACCUCUCUCUCUCUCUCUCUCUCUCUCUCUCUCUCAGAACAGUAAUGUAAUAAUUAUAUAAUAAUUGAACAUUCAGCUCUGACUGAUGAGCUUUACAUAAGUGUACAUAUUUUAAACCUAUUGUUGAAUAAACUGCUACUCUUUUUAUUUAAUAAAAUACUACUAACUUUGAUGCGGCAU